CAGUAAUAUAUAUUUUUCUACUUGCUGUUUAAAAUGCUGAUUGUCCAGGGAAAAUUUGAAUUUUGACGGAAAAUGAAUCAAAUCGAUCGUAUGAAAUGGGUUCUUGUGAUAAUCUGGGUUGGAAUAAACUCUCUUAUUUUUGGUCUAACUUUUCAUCAAUACGACACCAGUAAAGAUUAUUAUUAUCUUCGUGUAUUGACCAAGUCUGGUUUGGCAUGGGCAAGAGCAUCAGCUGCAGUUCUUAAUUUCAAUUGCUUUUUAAUUCUUCUUCCUGUCUGUCGAAACAUGUUGUCAUUUCUUCGAGGUGUAGAUUGUUGUGGAGCCAGGUCACAAUUUACAAGUUUACUUGAUAAAAAUAUCACAUUUCAUGAGUCAUUGCCUAUGGGGGAUUCUGGGAAUGAUACUUACAUCAACCCUAUAAGAAAACAAGAUGCAGACCCUCCAACUGAAGUCUUUAAGACUGUUGCAGGUGUUUCAGGCUUUAUAAUGACAUUAGUACUGGUACUCAUGGUUACGUCAUCAACAGGACUUCUAAGACGUUCGUAUUUUGAAGUCUUUUGGUUCACUCAUCAUUUAUUUAUUAUUUUCUUCGUUGGUUUGAUUGUUCAUGGCAUGCAUCCCCAGACAAAUGUUAAGGAACACGAUCCUGAAUUUUGUCAAUUAUCACCAAAAUGUCAAAUUGAUCCUCAUUUUGAGUCCGCAGGACCACAGUCGUGGAAGUGGAUAGUAGCUCCGUUGUCACUAUAUUUCAUUGAAAGAUUUAUUCGUUUUCUUAGAUCAUUACAAACUGUCACUGUAACCAAGAUUGUGAAACAUCCAUCAAAUGUUAUUGAAAUUCAAAUGAAGAAAUCUGGAUUUUCAUAUUUACCUGGUCAGUAUGUGUUUCUUCAAUGUCCAAUUUCUCAUUUGGAAUGGCAUCCAUUUACUUUAACCUCCAGCCCAGAGCAAGAGACGUUUAGCGUUCAUAUUCGCACUGCUGGCGACUAGAAAAUUGCUCUAUUAAAUACCUGCACUGGAGAGGAAUAAAACAAAUAAUCUUGAUGAUGUACCAAGGUUUACUACAUUAUUAUUGUUACAGGUAUUGUUGUUAUCUUUACAAUAGUUCAGAAAUAUUUUAUGAUUAGGAUGGAGAUGACACAAAAAAAAACAAUAAAAUCACACUUCAAGUCAACUAUUGUUUUGAUCGACGAAAAUUGAAGUCAAUGACGAAAGAUAAAAAUCUAGUACAACUUAAUUAACAGCGGGUGAAACAGUGCUCUAUGCUUUUAUUUCUUCCAAAUACUUCACAGUGUAGUUAAACACCUCAAUCGAUUUCAGCGUAGUGAGCGUACACUUGAUGAUCUUUGCAAAUUUUUUGUAAUCAAAAUAUCUUACAAUAUGUCUCAAAAGAACUGGUCAUCUUUGAAAUCAGCCGAUAGUUUGAAAUUUGCAUGAUUCAGCGGCAAUGAUUGAUCUCCACGCUAGGAGGUAUAAAUGUAAUUAAAAUAAAUUUCUUGACUAGGAUUUUUAAUCACUAUAGCUUCUGUAUUAUACGUAUGUAGUUAUUAAUUUAUUAUGUAUUUAACUACGUUUAAUUAAGGAUCCUUGAGGAUCAAUUUUGCUGAAUCAUAAAA